UUGUGCCAAAGGCUGAAGAGAAGAAGGAUAAUUCUUUAAAGAGAUUUACAGACUCCUGCUCCAUGGCUUCCAAAGAAGUUAAAAAUAGGGGCAUGAAAUCUCUCAAAGAAGUCCAGACAGUCACAGAGGGGUUGAAGCUUCUCUACCGACACAAGUUGCUUCCUUUGGAGAAGUAUUAUGGCUUCUCAGACUUUCACUCUCCCAGUCUGGAAGAUGCAGACUUUAACAACAAGCCUAUGAUUCUGGUGAUGGGUCAGUGCUCGACAGGAAAGACGACCUUCAUCAGGUAUCUUCUUGAACAAGACUAUCCCGGAGGUAGAAUUGGGCCUGAACCUACAACCGACUGUUUCACUGCUCUCAUGCACAGGGAUGUUGAGGGACUGAUCCCGGGCAAUGCUCUUGUUAUGGACUCCAACAAACCUUUCCGCACGCUCAGCUAUUUUGGCAACACCUUCCUUAACCGGUUCCAGUGUGUGCACUUGCCGAAUCAGGUCUUAGAAAGUCUCAGCAUCAUUGACACACCAGGAAUUUUAUCCAGCACUAAGCAAAGAAUGAGCAGAGGCUAUGAUUUCACAGCCGUCCUCCGUUGGUUCGCUGAGCAUGUGGACCUCAUCAUCCUCCUGUGUGAUGCCCACAAACUGGAGCUCUCGGACGAGUUCUCUCGCUCCAUCGUGGCCCUACGUGGACAUGAAGACAAGCUGCGCGUGCUGCUCAACAAAUCCGACAUGGUGGACUCUCAGCAGCUGAUGCGAGUUUAUGGUGCGCUCAUGUGGACCCUGGGCAAAGUCACGUGGUCCCCAGAAGUUCCAAGGGUCUACACUGGCUCCUUUUGGUCCUCUCCGUUCAGGACAUCAGAGAACCGUGUGCUAUUUGAGAAGGAGGAAGAAGACCUCUUUAAUGAGAUCCAGAACCUGCCUCGCAAUUCGGCCCUGAGGAAACUGAAUGACCUGGUGAAGAGGGCACGACUUGUGAGGUGCCAUGCUUACAUCGUUAGCUUCCUGAAGGAGGAAAUGCCCUUGUUUCGUCGAGAUAACAAAAAACGGGACCUGAUUUAUGACCUUUCGUUCAUUUUCUCACGAAUCCAACAGAGGCAUCAGAUCCCUGCUGGAGAUUUUCCUGAUUGUGCAAAGAUGCAGGAGCGACUUAUGGAUCGUGACUUCACCAAGUUUAAAAAUCUAAAACCGAAACACAUGGCAGGUCUGGAUGAGCUUCUGAUGGCUGACAUCACCAAGCUGAUGCCACUUCUGCGCCAAGAGGAACUCGUGGCAGCUGAGCAGCCUGGUGUCCAAGGUGGUCUCUUACCCGUAACAAAUAGAAGCCCCUUUUUUGAAGGCAACCCAUUCUAUUAUUCAGGGGCCAACGGUGAGUGGGAGGAGAUCGCUGAAGGACCUUGGGUGGUCUCCAAAGACAAGCCCAAAUAUGAUGAGAUCUUCUACAACCUGAGCCCUCAGGAUGGCAAGCUGAGCGGGAUCAAAGUGAAGGACUGGAUGAUCAGCACCCGGCUGCCAAACUCGGUCCUUAGCCGGAUUUGGAAGCUGUCGGAUGUGGACGGAGACGGCAUGCUAGAUGAUGAAGAGUUCGCUUUGGCCAACCACCUUAUUGAGGCAAAGUUAGAGGGCUACGGGCUUCCUCCCAAGCUUCCUGCUGACCUGGUGCCGCCAUCUAAAAGAAGACGCAAUGAAUGAAAAUUGAACUUAAAAUAUUAACCUAUGAACCUUCCAUUAAUGCCCUGACAUUGAAUUACAGUACUCACAUAUUUUGCCACUAAUCUCACAAUACAGCACUGUACUAUUUUUUAGGCUUUGAAUAUUGUAUAUACAUUUUUUAUAAUCA